AGAGAGAAGAGAGAGAAGAGGGAGAGAGAGAGAGAGAAGAGGGGGACAGAUGGACCUCACACGAGAAGAGAGAGAGAGAGAGACAGAGAGAGAGAGAGAGAGAAGAGAGAGAGAGAGAGAGAGAGAGAGAGGGGAGAAAGAGAGAGAGAGAGAGAAGAGAGAGAGAGACAGAGAUGACCUAGACGAGAAAGAGAGAGGAGAGAGAGAGAGAGAGAGAGAGAGAGAGAGAGAGAGUGAGAGAGAGAGAGAGAGAGAGAGAGAGACAGAGAGAGAGAGAGAGAGAGGAGAGAGAGAGAG